GUCGAGGUGUGAUUGGUUUCUCCUGAAAAAAUAUUUUCGAGUAUUUUUCAAUCAUUUAAUCCAGAGAUUGAAUCUUGAGCAGGAAAUGAGGAUUAGAAAUGCGAUAAAAGAGUCGGCUCAUUAAUUUUCGACUCUUGAGAAAUAUUAAUCAAUAUUGUGGGGUGAUUAUCGAUCAUUGGCGAUUGACGGCUGGAAUUUCCUCGGUGUUUGUGUGACAAAGGAAAUUAGUGACUGAAUAUUGACUGAGGAGGGAUAAGGGUGGGGGAUGUGACAAUUUUUUUUCGAAGGAGAAAAUUGUGGAAAUGUUAUUUUUAUUUUGCCAAUGGAUGAGAGCAGUGCAGGAUGAGAGGUAGUGAAGUCAAGUGUAACAUUGGGACAGCAGAUGUAGUCUCUCCAGGAUGGUGGUGUGCGAGACACUGGCAAUGUCUCGUGUUAUUCCUGGGCUACACAAUUGCCUACACGAAUAGAAGUUGUAUAUCGAUAGUGAUCAUCGCGAUUCAGAACGAGAAGAACGAUGAAGAUGAAUUGACAUCAGGCAACGUUGGUAUAAUCCUGAGUUCAUUCAUAUGUGGUUAUGCAGUGAUGCAGAUACCAUCUGGUUACUUGGCAAGAAUAUGGAGUGCCAAAAUGGUUUUAGGAAUUGGUAUACUGAUAAAUGGUCUCGGUGGUCUUUUAUGUCCAAUAGUAUUUGAUGAAGGUGGCUGGAUAUAUCUGUGUGGAUGCAGAGUUAUCAUGGGAUUGUGUCAGGCCUGUUGUCUGCCCUGUAUUCAUACUCUUCUCUCAAAAUGGGUGCCCCCGAACGAACGCGGACGACUGGGUACUAUGACCUACGCUGGAGGACACUUUGGCACUGUUAUCUCGUAUCCAAUAUCCGGGGCUCUGAUUGAUGCUGCUGGAUGGAGAAGUGUCUUUUAUUUAUUUGGUGCUGCUGCCAUCAUUUGGUCAUUAAUUUUCCUCUUCAUCGGUUCUGAUUCACCAGCUGCAUCAGCUGAGAAAGCCUUCUGUGGUAUCAGCGAUCACGAGAGGCAGUAUAUCGAGACCAGUCUUGGAGUUUUCGAGGAUGGAGUCACGACUGCCACUGACAAAAAUAUUAAAACCCCUUGGAAAGCAAUACUCACUAGUCUACCCUUCUGGUCACUUCUCAUUGCGCAUUGUGGAAAUAAUUGGGCAUCUCUCAUCCUACAUAGCGAAAUUCCGCAGUACAUGAAUGGAGUCCUUGGAUUCGGUAUCAAAGAAAAUGGACUUAAAUCAGCCCUUCCCUUCGUUGCUGUUUUACUUUUGACAGUGCCAGUGAGUUGGCUGUCAGAUUGGAGUCAGGAGAGAGGAGUAUCUCGUGGAUUGAUAAGAAAAUUAUGCAAUACCAUUGGCCAAUGGGGAAAAGGACUCGUAUUCAUUGGCAUUUGCUUCGUGCCUCCUAGUGAAGCGACACUAUCAGUGAUCCUGUUUGUUCUCGCUGGUGCACUGGGAGUUGGAGCGAUGUGUGGAUUUCAAAUCAAUCACAUGGAUCUCAGUCCCCGAUGGGCUGGACUCCUGGUCUCAAUCACAAAUUGUGCUGCAGCUGUUGUUGCUCUCGUAGCUCCUCUGGUGGUCGGCCAGAUUGUAACGGAUUCGAGACAUGUGGAUCAGUGGAGGAUUGUGUUCCUCAUCUCCGGGGGAAUUUGUUUCCUAGGAAAUCUGGUGUUCGUUCUCUUUGGGAGUGGUGAGACCCAGUGGUGGGACGAAAUCGAGAGCUCAGGGAAAAUCAGCAGUCAAAAUAAUCAGAGGUCCCCGAGAGCUUCUUCGAUUAUUCCAGAUGAUGCUUUGAUACUUUGAGAUAAUUUAUUUGAAAUAAGAAAAAUUUAAAAAAUUUGUGGAAUAAUUCUGAAUAAAAAAGCUUUC